ACUGCAUUCGCUGCUCGAACUGACCAGAACGAUGGCGGCGGCUGCGACGGCGGGGGGCGGGUUCGCCGGCGACGUCCCGAUCAUCCACGCGGAGAACCUCGUCAGCAACAUCAAAUCCAUAAACUACAGUCGGACAUUCUUGUCAAUCAUUAGUGGAGUUGUUGCUGGAAUCUGGGGAUUUACAGGCUUGAUGGGAUUUGUGUUCUACUUGCUUGUGAUGAUGGUUGCAUCUCUUGGGCUUUUGGUGAAGGCCAAAUUUUCGGUUCAUACCUACUUUGACAGUUGGAACAGGAUUGUAAUUGAGGGAGUUCUUGGAGGUCUUAUGGUAAGCCUUAUUGGAGUUAUGCAAAAAUAAUACAAUAAUAUAUUCCUUUAUCAUUCAGCAGAUUCAACAUAUAGUAAGCAUGUAAAACCAUGCAAUGCUAAUGUGAUCUUUGUAUUUCUGAUACCUUGACCAAUGAUUAACAUUCUACAUUUCUGAGCAUGGAAGCAUCUCUUGGAUUUAGUGAGCCGUUGAAUAUAGAGCACCAUAUUACCUUAUACACGAAAUAAAUCUUGCUUCUACCAUCUGUUAAAAGUCUUGAACGUAGGGUAGCAUGACAUUAGCAAGGGUUUACAUGUUUUUUUAAGGUAGUCAGUAGUGACUUUUACUUUGGAUAUUUACUUAGCAUGCCCUUUUCUUUUAUAAUGUCUAACGAGUUUCCCUUUGUAUUUUGCAGUCCUUCGUGUUGUUUUGGUCAUUUGCCUAUGACAUUGUCCACAUCUUCUGAUGGAUGAGACCAGGAGCUCUCUGGUGAACCGAGUAACCAUAUGGGAUCCCUCCUUGUAUGAGACAGAAUUAAUGUGUAUUUGCACCAAGACUCGGAGGACUAUGUUCAGUAGAAUAAUGUCUUCUAUUGUUCUCCUUCGCUGUACCAGUCACUGACGCUGUAAUUUAGAAAGUUUCUUCUCUGGUCCGUAUGAUGAUGUAGCUCCUAUCAGCAGUCGUGUGCAAGCGUGGUGCUCGAUCUUAUCUGAACAAUGGCCGUGCGCUCAUGCAAGGGAGUACUCAGAUUGUAACGAAAUGGGCAUUGUGCCUGCCCAGAUCGCUGGCCAGAACAUGUGGAAUAUGUAUUGAAAAAAAAAAGUCCUUUUGUUUCCAGCAUGACCACGUUUUUGCCGUUGUGCUCUAUGGGGACUGGCCAGAAGCUACGGCUAUGGAGGAGCAACGAAGUCAGCAGCACCACCAAGCUAGGUGCGCGCUGACGAGGUGUUCAACCAGUACUUCGCCAGCAGAACGGUGGCACGCGGGCCAAUGCCACUAUCUCACGCCGUCCGGCGCGCGUGCGCCCGCCGCGCAGUCACGAGUUCCUUGCUCGCGUUGCCUUCCUAGCUGUUCCGCUCGUUUCAACCCAGCAGCCCGGAGAGGAAGAUUUGUGUCCCGCCGGGACAGUCCCGGUGAUUCCUGAUUCCGCGCUCGAAAGGGAGAAAGGAUCGCGUCUCGUUUCGCCGCCAUCCAUCCGGCGCCCCGGUCGCCGGAGAACGCGCGGCGAGGAUUAACCGGCGGCGCGUCGGCAGAGAUGGUCCGGGAGGAGCGGCUGGACCUGGUGCUGGUGCCGCUGGCUCUGGCGGCGCUGGUCGGCUACCACCUCUGGCUCCUCUACGCCAUCCUCCGCCACCCGGCCAAGACCGUCAUCGGCCUCAACGCCAUCGCGCGCAAGCGCUGGGUCGCCGCCAUGAUUGCUAACACCGAGAAGAACGGCGUGCUGGCGGUGCAGACGCUGCGGAACAACAUCAUGGCGUCGACGGUGCUGGCCACCACGGCCAUCACGCUCGUCUCCGUCAUCAGCGUCUUCGUCGGCGUCACGUCCCCGGCCUCCUCCUCGCCGUCCGGGGCGGCGCCGCGGCUGGUGUACGGGAGCAAGGCCCGGGAGGUGUUCGCGGCCAAGUACCUGGCCGUCUCGCUCUGCUUCAUGCUCGCCUUCGUCUGCAACGUGCAGGCCAUCCGCCUGUACGCGCACGCCAGCUUCCUGCUCGGCGGCCUGCCGCCCGGCGGCGAGGCGGCGCCGGAGGAGUUCGCGGCGUACGUGGCGCGCACGGUGAACCGCGGCAGCUACGCCUGGUCGCUGGGCCUCCGCGCCUUCUACGUGUCGCUCGCCCUGUUCCUCUGGACGUUCGGGCCCAUCCCCAUGCUGGUCUGCAGCGUGCUCAUGUGCGCGCUGCUCUACUUCCUCGACACCACCAGCGACCAUGGCCACGGCCACCGGGGGAGCGCCAGGAAGGACAGCUCCGCCGCUUGAUCUCUGAUGACUCUUGUCAGACUAAAUGAAAGUAUUUGGAUUUUUUUAUGUUUCCUUGAUGAUGAAAUUUUGAACUUGGCAGACAAAAUCUGAAUUUUAGUUUGUUG